CAUGGGUGAAGCCGACGAAACACCAUUUGGGUUUUCGUGGUUUCGACCCAAAGGAUUACAAUGGCUUUCAAAUUUUAUUCCGUUUAUGUCAAUUUUAUCAGCGAAUGCAAUGUUGCAAGGUGCAAUUGUAAAUGGAUUGGUUUCAGUUUCCAUCAGUUCGAUUGAAAAAAGAUUCAAACUAACCUCUACGCAGAGUGGGAUUUUCGCGGCAACAUAUGACGUUUUUGUAACAGUAAUGCUCAUUCCGCUAGCAUUGUACGCAACCAAAGUGAAUAAAGUAAAAUGCAUCGGACUGGGAAUGAUGAUUGUUGGAAUUGGGAGCAUUCUGGUCAUCAUUCCAGAAUACACAGCAGGACCAUAUUCUGUUGGCGAAGUGAAGAAAGAUGUUUGUGUUACCGGUGGUCCUGAUAAAGUUUGUAGUGAGGGAAGCUCGGACACGUUUUCUGCGCAUAGAGAGCUUUUACUGCUUCUACUUUCCCAAGCUUUUGUUGGAAUCGGAGCGAGCCCAUUGUUCACUUAUGGAAUCACAUGCUUAGAUGAAUUUGACUCUCAUAAACGAACUGGAAGGAAUCUAGCUCUCUACAUGAUUGCUUCAACUGUUGGACCUGCCCUAGCAUUUGUAGGUUGUGGGUUUAUGCUCCGAUUGUGGGGCGAUUGGAGGACAAGUCCAGCUGAAAUGGGCAUUGAUAACAGUGCAGACCCACGGUUUAUUGGAAUGUGGUGGAUUGGAUUUGUGGUGUGUGGAUUUGUUGCUCUCUUUACAGCGUUCCCCUUGAUUAUGUUUCCAAAAAGGCUGAAAGAUACUACCGUUCGUAAAGCAAACGAUGUUCACAGAACUGACGCCUCGUUGGAUAAAGACUUUUCGGAUCAUAAGUACGAGUUUUUCAAGAUUAUAUUUAUGUUAUUCAAAAACAAAACCUGCAUGUGUGUAAUUUUGAUGCAGACAAUUGAAGCCAUGCUCAUGAAUGGAUAUAUCACUUUUAUUCCAAAACUGCUGGAAACCCUUCUUGGUUUCUCAUCAGGAAAUGCAAGUCUUAUAACAGGUGGGGUUGUGGUGCCUGUUGGAAUUGUGGCCAGCUACAUUGGCGGAAGAAUCUCCAAACUUUUUGAAAAUCGCUUCAAGCCGUCUAUGUAUUUCGUGAUAGUUUUUGGGAUAAUGGCGGCUGGAUGCAGUAGUUGUUUGCUCAUUCGGUGCGAGUCUUUGAAUGUUUAUGGAGUAAAUGUUCCUUCUUCUGACCUUCCGAGAUAUGGUGCAUUGGAAACUUGCAGUGAAAACUGCCAUUGCGAUUCAUUUUUCAACCCAGUCUGUUCAGAAGAUAGCAAAUUAACUUUCCUUUCACCUUGCCAUGCUGGUUGUGCAGAUAUGCCUGGCAUAAAGUUUGGAGCAUCAAACUGGACAAAUUGUGGAUGCUCAAAAAACACUAUUGUGAAGAAGGGAUAUUGCGAUGCUUCAUGUCAGAAACAGAUCUACCAAUUUAUCAUAAUGUUCAUAGCUCUUUCCUUCUGCAUUUUUAUCACAGCUCCGGUCCUGCAAAGUUCUUCACUGCGAGUUGUGAAUCAUAAACAUCGUGAUCACUUCACUUGCUUCGGUUGGCUUUGGAUGAGGAUUCUUGGAAGUAUUCCAGGAGCAAUAGUGUUUGGAUACAUCAUUGAUGUCAAUUGCAUGUAUUGGCAAAAGGACUGCGUGUCUCAAAAAUGCCAAUUCUAUAAUGCUUCAAAUCUAGGAUGGGCAUUCUUCUAUUUCACGAUUGCCGUCAAGUUCACCGGAGGGAUUCUGCUUUUCCUUGCCGCAUACUGCUACCAAGAGUCCGAUAAAUCGAAUGGCAAAGAGUCGUGUCGAACGUUAGAGACUGAUACUUCUGAAUCUGUCAAAAUGUCAUAUGAAAAGGUGCAACUGUGAAGAUAGUUUUAUUUUUAGUUAAACUAACAAGUUGCGUUUAGAAUUUGCCGAGCGGAUUGUCGCCCGAAACAAUGGUGUACUAGUUCGUCAUCUUCAGUUUUUCGACGUGUUUAUUUUUUCUGUUAACGGGAUAUAAUCGUCCACUUUCAAAGUCAACUUUACAAAUCCGGGUGUUCUCCUAUCUGUGUUUGAUUUCUAUUUCUAAGUUCAUCGAACGAAUAUCUAUUUUGUGUGAUCUUAAAUUAUUUGCAUUUGGUUGUUGUUUAUAUGUUUUAUUGUCAUUUAUUCUGCCAUACCUAUCAUUUUUGAAAUAAAGAAUUCUCUUCAU